GAUCGAGAUCAUGACAAUACCUCAAUUUUUAACUCCAAAUACCGUUUACGGGGUUCAUUUGGUUUUCAAGUUUUGUGAAUCAAGUACAUUUUCAGCUACACCUACGUAUCUUAACUUGAAGUAUAGAAACGGGAGUGAAACAUUACAUGCAUAUUUUGCAACAUGGAGAGACGACGACUGGAUGAUGAUUGAGUUGUGCCGUUUCUUGUAUCACAUUGAGGAUGAUAUCACUUUUAAGUUUCUACUUGAGAGUUUUUCACCGCACUCCUCUAAAGAUGGUGCAAUCUAUGUUGAAGGCAUUGAAUUCCGAGCCAUAGACAAGGUGAAACAUGAAAAUAGUGAAAAGCCGGAACAGGUGCAAAAAGUGCAAACGAACGAUGAAGAGAUACUCAAUGGAUACAUAAACUAUGAGGAUGAUGAAAAGUUGUUCUUGGCAAGCGAAGUAAACGAAAAGAAACAACUUAUGCUUCCAGCAAAGGCAAUUUUGUGUGACGUUUCAGAUGUGAAGCUAUUUACUUCCAAAGCAUCAGCUAAUUCUAGAUUUCCAGAGGUGAUUGAGCUAUUACCACAACAAAUAUUCCAUAUCAAUUGCAGAAUUGAAAGUCACAUGUUGUCACAAGAUACAGAAUACGUGUGUUACCUUGUAUUUAAAAUCUCUGAAGAAUCCCAUGGGCUGCAAUGUCCGGUGAAGGUACGAGAUUUACUCCACCCAGAAAACAAAAAAGCUGAAUUCAUUUACUUUAUCUCUCCAAGCCCAUGGAAUUUACACGAUAUUACCCGGGUACCGGAACAAAGGGAAGAUGGAUGGAUGGAGGUUAGUGUGGGGAGAUUCAACUCAACUCGUGAUCUUCAAGGUGAUUGUGCUCUAGUGAAUUUGAAAUUUACAAGCUAUGAAGGACCUAUGUCCGGGGUUAUUUUAUGUGGCUUAGAGUUUCGGCCCAUGUAAAAACAUAUUUGCAAAUGUGCCCUGUUAUUAUGUUCCUAAAAGUUUCGGGAUUGAUAAAAAGCUAUUGUAUCCGAAUAAUUGCAAACAACUUACGUUGUGAAGUUUCAAGUCCUCUGUUAUUAUGUAUGUAGAUUGCCGAUGUGUUCACUUCA